AGGAACCCCCUCCAAAACAUGGCUGCCUACGUUUAAUGACAGCGUGUGUGUAAAUGUGUGUGUGAACCUGCUCCUGCCUCCUCAUCCAAGCAAGCAGACGCUCACUCACACAUUCACUCACUUACACAGCCGCAGUCAGGCAGACAAGAGGGCUCGUCUCUCGACUUUCUCGAGUCAAAAAAAGUCGCUUUUCUCAACCAACCCACUGUGGAGGGAAGAAGAAAAAAGCGGACAUGUUUGACACGACACACUAGCUUUUUGGAUUUUUAAGGGCAGCACGUGGAACGUUUUAAGCACCGCCGUCUGAGAGCGCACCUAAACUCACCGAAGCCGUUUGCCAGUCGACCCGCCAGCUUCCGAGAUGAGUUCCAAAGCCGCCAUCAACAAGGAAGUCUUCGUACCCCACGACGAGAAGAUGCUGGCAGCCGUGCAAGUGAAACGGAAGACUAAGAAGAAGAUUCCAUUCUUGGCUACUGGCGGUCAGGGAGACUAUCUGACAUUCAUCUGCCUUUCAGUGACAAAUAAAAAGCCAGCCCACGUCGCCAUCACCAAAGUGAAACAGUUCCAAGGAUCCUCUGCCUUUGUCAAACGCUCACAGUGGACUAUCGAACAACUACGGCAGGUCAACGGCAUUGACUCUAUCAAAGACUCCCCAGAGUUUGACCUGACGUUUGAUAACGCCUUUGACCAGUGGGUUGCCGGAUCCGCGGGAGAGAAAUGCACCUUUAUUCAGAUUCUUCACCACACCUGCCAGCGCUACAUUCCCACGAGGAAACCAGACUUUGUCAACUGUCAGACCAAACUGCUGGGAGGCAAUAGUAUACUUCACUCAGCUGCAGACAGCGUGACGAGUGCCGUGCAGAAGGCCAGCCAAGCUCUGAACGAGCGAGGUGAGCGACUGGGCCGAGCCGAGGAGAGGACAGCGGACAUGAUGAACAGCGCUGAACAAUUCGCUGUCACAGCACAUAAGCUUGCCAUGAAGCACAAGUGUUAAAUCAACCACUGGCAAAACCAUCUUGUCUUCAUGAGGACACUGGAUGGGAAUAUCGCCAAUUGCCGUUCUCCAUCGAGGACUCUGGAGUUUUGUUGCUUUUAAUAAAGACAUUACAAUAUUUUGAGUUAAGAUAUUGAAGGAGCAAACGUGUUGACUUGAAGCUAAAUGAAAUGCUUCUCUUAACAACCUUCUGUCAUUUGUUCUAACAGACAAGUUAUGACUCAAAGAGGUGGACCAUUUUGUAUGGCGGUUUUAUUUGUUACUUAUUUAUGAGCGCUUUCGUGGGUGGUAGCCACACACACACACACCCUGAGAGACAUUUCCUUUUCAAAGCCACAUUAAUAAUUAGAUGACGCCCUCGGGGGAGAGCCUAAAUGAAUAAUCACAUCCGUGCAACAGACGGAGAACAUCUGCUCGCCUAAGCUUUGCGAUCGAUAAAUCCUCGAGUGUCCACCGGAGACUCCCUUUGGACUGUUUGGGACGCGGUGCGCUUUUAAGUCAACUGUUGUUGUUGUUGUUAAUCAUUUCGCGAAAUAUAAAACAAGCUUUUAAAAAAACAGCAACUGUGGAACCUCCAACUUUCAACACUGCCCACAUCCUUGACAUAAGUCAUAUCUAGUCAAUAGAAGUUACUUUAACGCUUAUCUACUGUAAUUAACCACUAAUGUAUUGUAGAAUUAUAGAACAUACGACACACGCAUUCCGUCAUUGAUGGUGAAGCCCAAUCCAUUUCAAAUGGUUUGGACAUCUAUCAUUGUCAAUUGAAGCCUAUGAGGUGAUGGAGUAGAGGUUCCACUGUAGGCCACACACAUUUCAGAGCCAGACUGAAAAUAUUUAUUCUUGUUUGUAUUUUAUUUUCCGUGAAACUGUCGAAGAAUUCUAUUGUGUAUUGGAGAAGUAUUGUUUGCAGGCGAUCCCGCUUGGCUUGGAUCCGCUUAGCUUUCGCUGAUAAAAAGCCAAACGUGUCAAUCUUCUCUGGUCCGUGUCGUACAGCUGGUGACGCCUUUCCGCGCCUUUUUCACUUCCAAAGGCUUCAUUCAAUUGUUCCGUAAUGGUUGUCCAUCAUCUAAACAAGCAUUUUCUUCCAAAUAGGCGGAAGAAACUGCUUUUUCACUGACUUGAUGUAACUGAUUUCAAAUGUAUUUUCUAAUUGAUAUUUUGACGUGCUUUUGGCCAGAAUCGUCAAUGUGCUUUCACUUCCUCUGUCUAACGCAACACUUUGGAUGUUUAUUGUUUUAAUAA